AUGCAACGGAUCUACUCUCAAGCGGCCAGAGUUGUUGGAUUUGUUGGCAAGGACUAUGUUCACGCUGGCAAGUGCUUCGAAGCUAUCAAGGUGUUUACUACGGUAUGGUUUGAUGCUCAGAAAAGCUCCUGUGAAGGUACAGACGCCUCUUCCACUGCCGACAGCAUUUAUCCCGAUAUUAUGAAUGAGAAAAACAUGGGUAGAAUUGUUUCGAUCUUUCAAAGUGGUUAUUGGAAGCGGUUAUGGGUGGUCCAAGAGCUGGUAUCCUCCCGCAAUGCGGUCAUUCGAUGGGGAGACGCCGAGAUAUCGUGGACUCUGUUAGGGCUCGCAACGACCUUGAUUCGGAACAACCAAAGCUUGAUGUCAAUGUUUACUCGCAUUGAGGCGUCAGGGGAGUCCACUAGCCCUUUCGGAGGAAGCAUAAAUGCUAGAACCGGUCUGAUGAAUGCUUAUCUCAUGUACCGAAUGCCUUCACCCGAGUUUCGGGGCGAUUCUAUGUCGUUUUUGGACCUACUUCGACUAACGCGGAGGUUCGACGUGUCAGAACGGCUUGAUCGAAUAUACGCCAUUCUCGGCCUUCCGAGUCAACACACAGGACCAGGACGCGAGUAUAUAUCCCCAAACUAUCACUUACUACCAGAAGGGUUAUACAGCCGCGUCUUUUACUGGGUUUUCCAUACUCACGAGAAUCCCCUAGAGAUCCUCUCUGCUGUCCGUCACACAACACUGUUCUACCCUGACUAUCCUACAUGGAUACCACAGUGGCAUGUGAAGCCGAUCAGAAGUAUCAGUGGCUCUCAUAGAGCUGACAUGAAGUUUGAUGCAUCAGCUGGCUGGAACCCGGAAGAUUCAGCCAAACUUAUCUGGGAAACGAACAAGCGACGUUUAAUCCUUCGGGGAUUUAUUCUCGGGUCGAUCACAUCGUUUCACUACGCGUUACCUCAAGUGAACGGUAACGAUCCAGAGGUUGGGCAUAAGCAACUGAAAGCGCAUAACGUAAAGCUUGAUGAUUGGCUGUAUCAAAAUGUGAGCACCUAUAGCGAUGUCGAGCAGUUACCUCUAGUCCUGACAGCUGGUCAAGAUUGGUACGGCAAUAUUUUAAGAGAUCAAGCUGUGAUGUUGAGGCAUACCGAAUCGUUUCAAAAGUGGAGGCGCGAUAUCUUCAAGAACAUAGUGCCUCACGAUCAAGACGCUGUUAGAUACAGACAGGCUAUGGGAAAUGUGUGCGAUGAUCGACAGUUAUUCACGGCGACUGGUCGCUUGCUGGGACUUGGCCCUGAACUUCUUCGGAAGGACGAUGUAGUUUGUGUUGUUGCAGGAGGCCAAGUUCCUUAUGUCUUGCGACCUGUUGGUCGCAAUACAUUUUAUUUUGUCGGAGAGUGCUAUGUUGCUGGUUACAUGUUCGGAAAGGCAGUGGAGGACUGGAGGUCACAAACACAAACAUCCUUUAACGUACGACAAUUUGUACUAAAGUAG